UUCUCUUUGGAGUUAGGACCCAGCACAUGAAGAGUGAGAGUUAUUUGUAGAAGUGUGUUCAGAGAGUCACGAGGGGGCCGAACGAAUCAUCUGUACGAGAGCGACUCUGGAUUUCGUUUCAUUUCAUAGUAUCUCACCUACUUCUCACACAUUUUGGCUUUUCAGAGGACUUCACUUGCACAGACCUUUCCUGCUGAACAUGGAAUGAUUUUGCUAACAUCGUUCGUCAGAUCCUCUGUUGAAGUGAUUCGAGUGACAUUGAGGAUUUAUUAGGAUUCGCUCCGAUCGUCCCGCUAACGAGCAGUGGAUUAAACCACAGAGGGAAAGGAGCACUGAAGACUUCCAGCUGGAGUGAGGUGAAUAUGCCGCGGAGCCCGACGUCCAGCGAGGAUGAGAUGGCCCAGAGCGUUUCAGACUAUUCUCAGGGAUCUAGCUCAGAAAGUUCCAAAGAGGAGGCCAUCUAUGAGACGAUAAAGACAGAACGACCGGUCAGCCGCAUGACAGACGUCCAGAGCCACUCGCUGGUCAUUAGAGUCAACAUCCCGGACCUGCAGCAGACAAAGGUGGUGAGGUUUAACCCCAGAGGCUCGGUGUGGGCCGCCAAGCAGCGUCUGCUCUGCACCCUGAGCCAGAACCUGAAGGACGUGUUGAACUACGGCCUCUUCCAGCCGGCCAGAGACGACAGCAGCGGUCAGUUCCUGGAUGAAGAGCGUCUGGUGGCAGAAUAUCCUCAGCUGGUCUGUGAGAGCGUCCCGUCUCUGGAGUUUCGCUACAAAACCAGACUGUACGAUCAGCCCGGCGUGGACGAGAAGAUCAUCGCCAAACUUCACACCAAGGCCAACCUGAGGAGGUUCAUAGACUACAUCCGUCAACAUCAGCUGGAGAAACUCUCCAAAAUGCUGGACCGUGGCCUGGACCCUAACUACCACGACAUGGACAGCGGAGAGACUCCGCUCACGUUUGAGGCUCAGCUGGAGAAUAUGGUGGAGUUUAUUAAAGCUCUGAGGAACGGAGGAGCUCAUCUGGAUUUCAGGGCUAAAGACGGCAUGACUGCGCUCCACAAAGCAGCCUGCUCCAAAAACCAGGCCACGCUCAAGAUGCUGCUUGAUCUCGGGGCUUCACCCAACUACAGAGACAGCCGUGGUCUGACGGCGCUGUAUCACACGGCUCUGGUGGGUGGAGACACUGACUGCUGCGAGCUGCUGCUGAACCAGAACGCCUCCGUCUGCUGCCAGGACGAGAACGGCUGGCACGAGAUACACCAGGCUUGUCGUCACGGUCACGUCCAGCACCUGGAGCACCUGUUGUUUUUCGGGGCAGAUAUGAGCGCUCAGAACGCCUCUGGAAACACAGCGCUGCACAUCUGUGCUCUCUACAACCAGGAGAAGUGUGCUCACGUGCUGCUGGUCAGAGGAGCCGACAAGGAGCUGAAGAACUGCAAUAACCAGACUCCUUUCCAGGUGGCCAUCAUUUCUGGAAAUUUUGAGCUGGCGGAGCUGAUUAAGAAGCACAGAGAAAGUGACAUAGCUGGAAAACCACACACAGAUACAGUAUAUGAGGAUGCUCUCUAUAAAGCAGAGUAUGUCCCGUCUGUCAGGGAGGAUGGUAUUAAAAGCCAAGCUAAAGUCCACAAAGAGCAGCUGCUCGUCGUUCCCCUGCUCCUCGAGGUCCGAGUGGAGAACUGUGACGAUGACAUCCUCCCUGGACCUGUUGACUCUCCUCUCCAGAAGAGUCUCUCUGUGUCUCGGGCUCUGCUGCGCUCCAACAGUGAUAAUAACCUGGUGACGAGGGCCAUGAGCCCGGAGCAGCUCAGUCUGUCACCGCUGAAGAUGCAGAGAGACCCGAGCGGACGGGGGAAGAUGACGGGCCGCGGAGGAAGAACCGUCCCAAGCAGCCAUUCCCUGUCCAUCAGUCUGGAGGACGAGCAGAGCACGCUGCAGAAAUGUGCUAAUGGCCGUCCGUGUGGACAGAGCUCCCGGAGAAAGCUCUACAGCGCCGUUCCUGGCCGUCAUUUCAUCGUGGUCCGCUCUUACCAACCUCAAGCUGGAGGAGAAAUCAGCCUGCACAAGAAUGAAAGGGUCAGAGUUCUGAGCGUGGGUGAAGGAGGAUACUGGGAGGGCAGCUGUCGAGGGCAGGUGGGCUGGUUCCCCGCCAGGUGUCUGGAAGAGAUCCCCGUCAAACCUGACAGAGAGAGACCCAAGAGCAGAAUGGAGCGCGGCGACCGCAAAAAACUCUUCAGACAUUUCACCGUCGGUUCUUACGACAGCAUCGACAGCGACUGCGUGACGGAGCAGAAAACCGUGGUUCUACUGAAGCAGGAGAACGAAGGAUUCGGGUUCGUGCUGCGAGGAGCUAAAGCAGACACACCCAUCGAGGAGUUCAUCCCGACGCCGGCGUUCCCCGCGCUGCAGUACCUGGAGUCUGUGGAUGAGGGCGGCGUGGCCUGGAACAUGGGGCUCCGCACCGGCGACUUCCUCCUCGAGGUCAACCAUCAAAGCGUGGUGAAGAUGGGACACCGGCAGGUCGUUAACAUGAUUAAACAUGGAGGAAACCGACUCGUCCUUAAAGUGGUGACGGUGAGCAGGAACCCCGAACCAGACGACAAAACCCGUAAAAAAGCUCCUCCUCCACCCAAGAGAGCCCCGACAACUGCUCUCUCAAUGAGAUCCAAGUCCAUGACAUCUGAACUAGAAGAAUUAGAUAAAUUUGAAGAGAGUGUGACGUCACAGAAGCUUGUGCAUGAAAAAGGAUCAUUGGACAAAGUUGCCACGAUAAAGCCCCGCCCCUCAAGCCGCUUUUUGGCCUCGCCCAUGGAUUUUAAUCCAUCCACGUCUGAAAGGCCUGGAGUUGCUGUAGUUCCUCCUAAUGUUCCUGGCAGAUCUCAUGGAAGUUAUGUGCGUGUGCCAAAAAGCUCUAUGAGAAGACAAAAGUCCAUUGGAAUCGCAGGAGAAGAAAAGAAGUUCCUGAUACCUCCACUGCUCAAGUUCACCAGAAGUCUCUCUAUGCCUGACACUUCUGAGGAUAUUCCCCCACCUCCAGGCGUCUCUCCUCCAUCCCCACCUUACAACCUCAGUACUCCAGUGACACAAGGAUAUGAGCCCAACCAGCCCAUUUACACACAGAACUCAACAGGCAGAUGCCACACUAUAGACAGAGACCUGGUCGGGUACCAUCGCCAGAACUUUGAACAAUAUGACUGUCAAAGUCCUUCGGCUGCCCAGCAAAACAUGUGUUCCCAUAACAGGGCCCAUGUGCCAGAGAACCCUUAUUCAGACAUAGUUGGCAAAACUUUGUAUAUCCCACCAAAACCAGCUCGUAGGAAGGGUAUAUUGGUAAAGCAGCCAAAUGUUGAGGAUAGUCCUGAGAAAACCUGUUCAAUCCCAAUACCAACCAUUAUUGUCAAAGAGCCUUCGACUAGCAGUAGUGGCAAAAGCAGCCGAGGAAGUAGCAUGGAAAUUGAAAUUACUGCCUCUGACCAGCCAGGCCAACUACUGCCAGACGGCAGUCAUGUCAUGAACAAUCCUUUUGCAGCUGCUAUUGCAGGGGCAGUACGUGACCGUGAGAAGCGUCUUGAAGCACGUAAGAACUCCCCAGCCUUCCUGUCGAUGGAUCUCGGAGACGAGGAUCCAUUUAUCCCUACCCCUCGUUUACGCCAGUCUAUGUCCAUAGAUGAAGGCAUGUUUGCCAGUGAUAAGAGUUUACAAAAGCUUAUGGCUCCACCGGUUUCUUUAAUAGAGGUCCAGCAAAUUGGAGGCAACAUGGCAGAAUUUACUAUCCCAGAACCAACAAUCGAGCCCCUUACAACACGAACCAGGAGCUUCCCCAAUACAGACAGUCCCAUCAGCCUCAAUGAUGGAGACUUCCAAAACCAGACAUCAGGUAAGACUCGUGAUAUUUGUCCACCCUUAGCUCUGGGUCUAGCUGCAAGUAACAGAGCUCUGAAGGAACAAGUGCAACCCCCUCUUCCUCCACCUAAAGGAGAACCUCACAAAGCAAGCCUCAACCAGCCACUCUUUAUAGACACCAAGCUGCGGUCCACUAUUGAAGCCAACUUUGUUACCACAGCUGCAGUGGGUCAAGCAAAAGAUUGUGGAGGUUUGUUUAGACACACAAGAGUGUCCAGUCACGAAACAGAGAAGGCAAAGGAAAGUACUCCAUCUGAGCAGUCGAAAAACACCAAUAACACAUUGCAGCAGAAAUCAACAGGGCUCCUCAUGGUCCACACACAAGAUAAGGCCAAGCCUCAAGUAAACAGUCAAUCCAAUAGAUUAGAACAAGAAGAGUCCUUAGGAAAGGACAGUGUUCCCGCUGACUCCAAAGUCAAACGUACAUCCCCCAAUGCCCAGCCACCUCGUACGAGGAACGCCGUGACUUCUGCCACGCCUGUAGAGGAGCCAGUCGGGUUUCCCUUUACCAUUCCUCCUCCCCCAGUGACCUCAGUAGAUAUAGAUGAGGAGUUUGAACCCUUGCCUCCACCUCUAGAGUUUGCCAACAGCAUUGAUGUUCCUGAGGACCAGGUAGUAGAGAUUCUCAAGCAGAGAAAGAAUAACGCAACAAUAGGACCUGCUUAUAAUUCACGUGCUUCUACAAUUGACGGUGUGGAGUCCAAGUGUCUUUCAGGGCUUGGGAACUGCAUGACGUCUCACACCUGCCCUCCACCACCUCCAGAAAUGUUUGAGCCUGUUACGGACUCAGGCAUUGAGGAAGCCGACAGUCGGAACAGUGGGGACCCUCACUUUGAGGCCAACAGUACAAUGUCCACAGUGUCCAGUAUCUCUACUCUUUCAUCAGAGGGAAUUGAUGACACAUGUAUAGCCUAUGCAGACGGGCAGACUCUUUUGAUGGACAGACCACCUGUUCCACCGAAGCCAAAAAUGAAGCCCAUAAUCAAUAAAAGCAAUGCACUUUACAGAGACCCUUUGAUACAUGAGAGCAUAGAGUCCUUUGGACAGCCACCACCAGCCCCACCACCACCCCUGGGCUGUGAAGCACAGUCUGAGCUUCGCAAAAAGCUUGCGCAGCAAGGCACUAAACUGUGGGACCCCCACGAGCUCCCAAACCCCCACAAUGCAGAUCCUAAAGCCAAUGUGAUAAAUGAGCUUAGCUCCAAACUUCAUCAGAUGAACAAGGACAGAUUUCCAACACAGGGAGGGUCACCAACUGCAGGAUCCAGAAGUAUUGGAUCAAGAGACUGGACGGCCCAAGCCUCAGGUACCAGACGCAGUAACACUGUUCCCUCAACACCACCGAACCACUUGCCCCCUCAGGCUUCCAGCCCAGCCUCGCCUCCUCCGGGAUCUGGACAUAGCUCUUCUCUGCCAGGCUCUGCCGCCUCUCCCACAUUAACAGAUGUGUUUAGCCUGCCAUCUCCACCCAUUGUGAAUGCGGAGCAAUGCUACAGCCUCAGCUCAGUCAGCAGUCGAUCGCCAUCACCCCUCACGCUGUUUCAGGCUUCAGACAAGCCCUUCGCUGCAAAACCUGUCCAACUCUGGACCAAGCACGAUGUAGCCGACUGGCUUGAAAGCCUCAAUUUGCAGGAACACAAGAAGGCCUUCUUGGACAAUGAAAUUGAGGGCACCCACCUACCUAACCUUCAAAAGGAAGACCUUGUAGAUUUGGGUGUCACCCGUGUUGGUCACCGGAUGAACAUCGAAAGGGGUCUUAAACUUCUAAUGGACAGAUAAAGGAUGCAUACACCAUGGCUAUUGGUUUGAUCAAUCCCUCAUUUUCUCUCACUUCUUUGAGUCUAGCUGUGCAUCUGUUGGGACAUCGUGGGAUUAUGUUCCCUGUAUUGUUGUCAGAGCCACAGUAAGUACCACGGAUGCAGGACUGCACUCAGGAACACUUCUAAGAGGACUUGUUCUUGCCAUCAGAAGCUUUGUUUAAGUGUCAGGAGCUUGUCUAGCGUGGACAACUUUAACCAGCAGAGCUUGGAGGUCCUUUUUUAUUUUACCUUUGAUGCAGCUUUUCUGGGAAAAUUUAAGAAACUUUAAAUUUAAGCACUCUGCAUGUGGCAGAGAACACGGAUACCCAGAAAAGUUUGUUCUUUAUACAAUGAGGUUAGCUGACAACAUUAAAUUCACUCAGGCUUUGACAGGAACAUGUCCACGUCCUUAAUAAAUGUUGGGCACAUACACACAAUCCAGAUAAGUGCAAGGGAUGGUGGCACAACGAAGCCGCUCUUUAUCCUUCAUCCUGUUGGUGAAAAUUAAAUACACGUAUGCUUUCCCUAAUGUUUCCCUAAACAAAAAGGAGAUUUUGUUUUUACUGCAGAUUGCAAAGAUAAAGAGUUUAAAACAAAAUAACUAAGGCCUGAGAGGAAGAACGUUCUUAAGGAGAGCUUGUGGCAUAGCUCAUAAAUCAGGUGUAAUUAUUGUGCUUAUCAUCUGCCGUGGAUCACAUGACACCUAUAAAAGCUUCACAUUAAUGCUGCAACACAGUUUUUUUUAUAUUGUGACUUGGUUGUGAAUUGUGAUAUUGACUGUAUUAAGGUUGAUCUUAAUGGACUGAUCAGACUGAAUAAUCAAGGUCCAUUUGUGAUAUAUAUAUAUAAAAAAAAAAAGGUCCAAGUUAUGUUGAAAAUGAAAUGUAUGCAUAGAUGACUAGCUCACAAUAAGAUCAAGAACACAUUUAAAAUUAGCUUGAAAUGAAAUGGAAAUUAUAUGUUGCAGUUUUGUAAAGAUUUCCAAGUUUUUUUUUUCUUUGUCGGGCAGAAAACAAAGGCUGUAUUAAUAACCAGUUUUUGUUAUGAUUGGAACAUGGAACCAUAUUUCCUAGCCAACAUACACUAUACAAGUUGAGUAAAUAAUAACUUCUAAUUUUUUUUUUUUUUUGUAUGUGCCACUCAUUGCAGUACUGAUAGUGGUAAUGUCUGUGGAAAAACAAGAAAUGCUAUAUUUGUCAUUACCUGCUGCUGAGAUUCUGAGUACGAGUGUAUAGAGAGGAUCAUAUUUUUAAAAUGCGGGCCAGAAAUUAAAAAUCGCAAGCCUUUCCUGAACAAAGGUUUGCCAAUAUACUGCUGCUACUGUGAAAAUAUAUGUUUUACAAAAUAGAUCAUCUUCGGAUAGCAUACAAUAGAAUAAGAGAGUAUUUUCAAUUUAUAUUAUUACAUUGCCUUUUCUAAAUGCAAUUUUAAUGGUAUUGCUCCCACUUAAUUGUGGUUUGCCAAAAAAAGAGAAAUGUUUGAAUAAAAUGGGUAUAUUUGUUAGAUUCUUAAUAUAGCAAAUCCAAAAAAAGCAAUAUAUUUAUACUAUGGAUAAUACAUUCUGUAUAUAUUUUAGAUAAUGUAGCCCAUCAUUAAACAAGCACAAUGUUCACCUGAUAAAACACACUGCUGGUUUAUCUGUCAGUCCCUUAUUGUUUAGCCAUGAUUUGUUUUCCUUUAACUUCAACCUAUUUCACUUUACUUUGCUUAAAGACUUGUGUUCACAUUGUUAAUGUUGCUGUAAGAUCUUUUAAAAUGGAAUUAGUAACUCAUUGCAAUGACCAAGAAAAAAAAAAAAAAAAAAAAAGUAGGAUUUGUGAGUUUGAGCACAAUUACACCUUGUAUGGCAAACAAAUAAAUAUUGCUGGAGCUGA